CCAGAAGCAAUACUUUGUUUUCUGUUGCAAUGCAGAGAGAAAGAGGGUGCCUUCGUUUCGCAGGAGAGCUUGAAGCAUUGCUCGAAGCACAGGACAACGCAGAAGCAUAAGAAGAAGUAGAAGGAGAGAGAGAUCGGUAGUAUCGCCAAGGGAAGGAGCAAUGUGGAGGUUGAAGAUUGCCGAGGGCGGGGGAGGAGGAGGCUUGCCAUUACGGACCUUGAAUAAUCACGUGGGGCGCCAAGUGUGGGAGUACGACGAGCAUGGAGCAGCAGGCGAUUUGGCGCAUCGUGUCGCGGUGGACAAGGCGCGCGUUGCGUUCGCGGAGAAUCGCUUCGAGCAGGCUCACAGUAGCGAUCUGAUCAUGCGCUUGCAGUUUGCCAGGGAGAAUCCGUUGCCUGAGCUCCCAACUCAAGUGAAGAUUGAAAACCUCUCUGACCUUGAUGAAGAGGCCGUCACCACCACUCUUCGUCGAUCCAUGCGCUUUUACUCGACCCUACAAGCUCACGAUGGACACUGGCCGGGUGACUACGGGGGUCCCAUGUUCCUCAUGCCUGGACUGGUUAUUGCACUGUACGUCACGGGGGCACUUAACACUGUUCUAACUCCAGCCCACCAGAGUGAAAUGCGCCGGUACCUUUACAAUCAUCAGAACAAGGAUGGAGGUUGGGGAUUGCACAUAGAGGGACACAGUACCAUGUUUGGCUCUGUACUGACGUAUGUUACACUGCGGAUACUUGGUGAUGGGCCUGAAGGGGGCGACUUUGAUGCACUUCGACGAGGACGGAAAUGGAUCCUAGAUCAUGGAGGUGCUACGUAUAUAACCUCCUGGGGCAAGUUCUGGCUUACCGUUCUUGGAGUAUUUGAAUGGUCAGGAAACAAUCCCCUGCCUCCUGAAACUUGGAUACUGCCGUAUUUUCUUCCUAUGCAUCCAGGUAGGAUGUGGUGCCAUUGCCGCAUGGUCUAUCUCCCAAUGAGCUACAUAUAUGGCAAGCGAUUCACUGGGAAAAUCACUGAACUCGUGAAGGCAAUUAGGGAAGAGAUAUUUGUUCAGAAGUAUACUGAAGUAAAUUGGAAUGAGGCUCGGAAUCUAUGUGCGAAGGAAGAUCUGUAUUACCCUCACCCAUGGAUACAAGACGUGUUGUGGGGUACGUUGGAUAAGGUGGUGGAGCCUAUUUUGACAAGAUGGCCUGGAUCCCUUCUUCGUAAAAAGGCGUUGGCUCGUACCAUGGAGCAUAUUCACUACGAGGAUGAAAACACCCGUUAUUUAUGUAUUGGUCCAGUGAAUAAGGUUAUGAAUAUGCUGUCCUGCUGGAUAGAGGACCCUAACUCAGAAGCCUUCAAGCUGCAUUUGGCACGGGUUGUCGAUUACCUAUGGGUGGCUGAAGAUGGCAUGAAGAUGCAGGGAUAUAAUGGAAGCCAGCUUUGGGACACAACGUUCGCAGUGCAAGCAUUGGCCGCUACAAAGCUUCCAGAUGAAUCUAUGAGUAUGCUCAAGAAGGCCAAUUCGUAUAUCGAUAAUUCUCAGGUGAGAGAAGAUUCUCCAGGGGAUAUGGCCUACUGGUAUCGUCAUAUUUCUAAAGGUGCUUGGCCUUUUUCUUCAAGAGACCACGGAUGGCCUAUCUCUGACUGUUCGUCUGAAGGCUUAAAGGCGACACUGAUCUUGGCAGACUUCCCAAAAGAAUUGGUUGGGAAUCCGAUUGCAGCAGAGCGCUUAUACGAUGCUGUGAAUGUCAUCCUGUCUUAUCAAAACGAAGAUGGAGGGUCAGCCACUUAUGAAAGAACAAGAUCUUAUCCUUGGCUUGAGGUCAUCAACCCUGCUGAGACUUUUGGAGAUAUUGUAAUUGAUUACUCGUAUGUCGAAUGCACGUCAGCGUGCAUGCAAGCGCUCGCUUCUUUUCAGAAACGAUAUCCUCACCAUCGAACUAAGGAAAUUGCUAAGUCCAUUCAACGGGCUCGUAAAUAUAUUGAAAGCAUUCAAAAGGACGAUGGCUCUUGGUAUGGAUCUUGGGCAGUGUGUUUCACGUAUGCAAUUUGGUUUGGUGUCUUAGGGUUGAUUGCUGCCGGUCAAACUUAUGAAUCAUCUUUCCAUAUUCGAAUGGCUUGUAAGUUCCUUCUCUCAAAGCAGCUUCCUGAUGGUGGAUGGGGAGAGAGCUACCGUUCCUGUCAAGACAAGGUCUACUCUAAUUUGCCUGGUGGAAAAUCCCACGUUGUGAACACAUCGUGGGCUAUGCUGACGCUUAUUGCUGCAGGACAGUGGGAGAGAAAUCCCGAGCCUUUGCAUAGAGCAGCUUCAGUACUUAUUAAUAAGCAAAUGGAGUCUGGAGACUUCCCUCAAGAGGAAAUCAUGGGCGUAUUCAACAGGAACUGUAUGAUCAGUUACUCUGCGUACCGGUGUAUUUUUCCUAUCUGGGCACUGGGUGAGUACCGGCAAAAAUUGAUGGCGUAAGACCGCUUCUAAGUUAUUGUAUUUAGUCUUCGGCUUGGACUGAUCAUAGUUUCUGUCCCUAGUGUAUCACAGAUUCAGACGGUACAGUAUAUUUUGGAUUGAUGUGACGGAACUUUGAAUCUCCUUGCAGUAAAGUAUGAAUUCGGAUAGUCCCGAU